AAACUCAUUUCUUGACCCUCCCCGUGCGAACGAGAAUGAUGCGUCACUGUCCCGUCUUGACUGCGUCAGGAGCCCCGCCUCCAUACAAAUCUUCGUCAGACGCACGCAGCUACGUAAAUGGUCCUGGUGGACUUGAUGCAUCAAGGCAGCAUGAUUGGGAAGCUAUUGAGUGUGGAAUAUCGACCGGGUCUUGUCUUAUUAGCUGCACUGCGAGUCAUGCUCUAAAUGAAGUGAUUGAGCUUAACGCAUCCCUGUUCAUUUGUUUUGCUAAAUUUUGUCAGGCACUUCAUCUUUCAUUUUGCAAUGGAGGCUCCUCCAGUCACCACAAUGCCUGUAUCUGGAGGAACUAUUAACAUGAUGGAGUACUUGCUGCAAGGUAGUAUUCUAGACCAGGGUCUAGAGAGCCUCCUCCAUCGUUUGCGUGGUUUAUGUGACAAUAUGGAGCCUGAGAAUUUUUCAGAUCAUGAGAGUGUUUACCUUCUCAAGGGUCAGCAGGCCAGCCCCUUUGUGCUUCGAGCACGUCGCCCUUUGGAUCGGCCAGGUGCACCAUGGCACCUUAGGUACCUGGGUCAGCCUGAGGCUGGAGACCGAAGCCGCCACACGUUGGUGCGUAAUUGUGUUGACAUUGCCACCUCGGAUGUUCUUCCUGAAUUUCUGCAGGAGAUGGGCUUCCGCGUGGACCAUGAGUUUGUAGCACGGGGCCACUUGUUCAGGAAAGGAGUUAUAAAGGUGGCCGUGUACAAGGUGUGUCGGGUACUGGUGGCAGGCUCUGCAGAGGGUGCUGAACCCUUGUCACUUUCAUAUCUUGUAGAGCUAAGUGCAGUGGCACCAGCUGGUCAAGACAAUAUAGCUGAUGAAGUCAGGUUGUUUGCAGAACAGCUCAGGCCACUUGUGCAGCUGGAGAAAAUAGACCCAAAACGGCUGAUGUGAAGGGGACAUUUCAAAUGCAUUUACAAUCCUAUAUUGUUUCUGGUAAAAAAAAUUUACACUGCCAUACUUCCUUGUUUUUCUCUGAUCUUAAAGGGAUACUGAAUUCGGGAUUUGGCCAGGAUUCAGCCUUUUUCAGCAGGAUUCGGCCGAAUCCUUCUGC